AUGUGUGACAAAUUAUCCUGUGAUCGUAUUGGUGUUGUUGAACGUUCACAACACGAGGAAUACGUUACGCAGCACCUUAUGAAUGGAAAUCAGAUGGAUUAUUAUCGUUUGAAACAUCAAAAAGAAUGUUAUUCGAAAUUGUUAAAUUAUCAUAUUGAUGUUGCGAUAGCUGAUAGUUCUAGUGCUGACUAUUUUACACAAACAAAACAAUACUGCCAACUAGAAGUAGUCGGAUUUCCAUUUGGUAAAACAGAUUUCGGAAUUGUCUUUCCGAAACGAUGGCAAUAUAAACUGGAUCUGGAUAACCACAUUAUGAAGUUGAAAGAGGAGGGUGAAAUUGAUCGGCUAUUAGAAGAGUAUUUUCAAGAAAAAUAUUGCGAUAGGAAGAACAGUAAUAAUGGUAUUGGUAAUGGAUUUCAUUUGAGUCAAGUAUAUGGACUGUUCGUUGUCCAUUUCGGUCUCGUUGCUGCCAUUCUAGUGAUAUCAAUUCUAAAAUGGAGUUUUAUAGAUCGUAAGCGAAAUGGAAGAUUAUGCUCAUCUGACACAAAUACAAUGACACAACCAUCGGCGACAAAUGACCGUAUAAAUACCAAUGAUACAAUCUCAUCAUUAAGACAACGGCGAAAGGUGCCGCAGUUAAAACAAAAGGAACAGGAGUGUACGGAAGAACGGCAGGAUAUCGAACAACUAGCAACUACUAUUUUGUAA